CCCUCGCUUAUAAAUAGAAAUCGUCCAAUCUCCUUCAAGCCCCCUCUCGCUCUCUCGUCGCCUUUCGCGUCUCUCUUCAAACGCAAAAGUCUUUAACACAGGUUCGAUUUCUCAAGGAGAGAGACUGCAAUCAUGUUGGUUUACCAGGAUCUCCUUUGCGGCGAUGAGCUUCUUUCUGAUUCAUUCCCAUACAAGGAAAUUGAGAAUGGGAUGCUGUGGGAAGUUGAGGGAAAGUGGGUUGUGAAAGGAGCUGUUGAUGUUGACAUUGGUGCCAAUCCUUCUGCUGAAGGUGGAGAGGAUGAGGGUGUUGAUGACCAAGCUGUGAAGGUUGUUGACAUCGUUGACACCUUUAGGCUUCAGGAGCAACCUCCUUUCGACAAGAAGCAGUUUGUCACAUACAUGAAGAGGUUUAUUAAGAAUUUGACACCCAAGUUGGAAGGAGAGAAUGCUGAAACCUUUAAAAAACACAUUGAGGGAGCAACCAAGUUUUUGCUUUCAAAGCUUAAGGACCUUCAAUUUUUUGUGGGAGAGAGCAUGCAUGAUGAUGGCUGUUUGGUGUUUGCUUACUAUAAGGAUGGUGCUGUUGAUCCAACAUUUUUGUACUUUGCUUAUGCUUUGAAGGAGGUCAAGUGCUGAGUUUGAGGCAGAAGUGCUUGCUAUAGUUAUAGUCUUCAUUAUUAUUUCUUGCCUUCUUUUCUAUCUUUUGUACUGCUAGACUAAAGGCCUUAUGGCCGCCGUUUUGGUUUAACUGUUGUUUUCUUGGUCAUGGAAUGUUUUCGGUCGUAUGGGGUGACUUAAUAACUUGUAUCAUUGUUCUGUCUGCCCUUCUUAAUUUAAUUGGUGUGGUCUUUGGGAA